GCGCAGCGCAGCGGAGCGGGCGGAGGAUGCUGCGGCGGCGGCGGCGGCGGCGGCGGAGGAGCAGGCGGCCAUGCAGCGCUGCGUGGCGAGGCCGUGGCUGCGGAGCCGGCGCGGCGGGGGCGCCCUCACCACCCUCCUGCUGACAGCUUUUUUGUUAAGCUCUGCUGAUGCCAUAAAUGGAACAGUUAACUGGAAGACUAAGCAAGCCAACAGUUUUAUUAUCAGCAGAAUAAAGGCUGUUGAGAAGAAUGUGUACACGAUUCUCUCUAAGGUGCACUCAGAUCGGAAUGUAUAUCCUUCGGCUGGAGUUCUUUUUGUUCAUGUUUUGGAGAGAGAGUACUUUAAGGGGGAGUUUCCUCCUUAUCCAAAGCCUGGUGAAGUAAGUAAUGAUCCUAUAACAUUUAAUACCAACUUAAUGGGUUACCCUGACAGACCUGGAUGGCUACGCUACAUUCAGAGGACACCAUACAGUGAUGGAGUGCUGUAUGGAUCACCAACUAUAGAAAAUGUGGGCAAACCAACCAUCAUUGAGAUUACUGCUUACAAUAGGCGCACCUUUGAGACUGCAAGACAUAAUUUAAUCAUUAACAUAAUGUCAGCAGAAGACUUUCCUUUACCUUAUCAAGCGGAAUUCUUCAUAAAGAACAUGAAUGUAGAAGAAAUGUUAGCAAGUGAGGUACUUGGAGAUUUUCUUGGAGCAGUGAAAAAUGUAUGGCAACCAGAGCGUUUGAAUGCCAUAAACAUCACCUCAGCUCUAGACAGAGGAGGCAGAGUUCCACUUCCUAUCAAUGAUAUGAAGGAGGGUGUCUAUGUAAUGGUUGGUGCAGAUGUUCCAUUCUCCUCAUGCUUACGAGAAGUAGAAAACCCACAGAAUCAGCUGAGAUGCAGCCAAGAAAUGGAACCUGUAAUAACUUGUGAUAAAAAAUUUCGUACCCAGUUCCAUAUUGACUGGUGUAAAAUCUCUUUGGUUGAUAACACAAAACAAGUCUCUACCUAUCAGGAGGUGAUCCGUGGAGAGGGAAUAUUACCUGAUGGUGGAGAAUACAAACCACCUUCUGAUACCUUGAAAAGCAGAGACUAUUACUCGGAUUUUCUAAUUACACUGGCGGUGCCCUCGGCAAUAGCACUGGUGCUUUUCCUAAUACUUGCUUAUAUCAUGUGCUGCCGACGGGAAGGAGUGGAAAAGAGAAACAUGCAAACACCAGACCUCCAGUUGGUCCACCACAGUGCUAUACAGAAAUCGACCAAAGAGCUUCGUGACAUGUCCAAAAAUAGAGAGAUAGCAUGGCCUCUUUCAACGCUUCCUGUGUUUCAUCCAGUCACUGGUGAGAUUGUACCACCGCUUCACACAGACAGCUAUGAUAAUACUAGCAUGCCACUAAUGCAAACACAGCAGAACCUGCCACAUCAGACUCAGAUUCCACAGCAGCAGACUGCAGGUAAAUGGUAUCCCUGAGGAAAGGAAACUAACAGAAGCAAUGAAUUUGUAAUCAGAUAAAACAGUAAAUCACAUCCUAUUUCCUUAUUUGUUCAAAUUGAUGCAUGAGCUCUUCUGAUGUAUAUUGUGCAUGACACGGUAUUAAAGAUUUCAGUGCCAGAUAGUACAAUCAUUUCCAUAUAAACUAAUGUACUGUAUCUUUUUUGUACUUUAGACAUUUUUGACAAUUUGUAAAAAUGCUGAUAACUUUUUAUAUUUGUUACAUUACGAGAAUAUCUUUAAAAUAAACACAUUAAUAAAUAUCAAA